GCAAUUUUUUCUCAUUUCACUUAUUCUAAACACCAUUCACGAUGCCUCUGCCCUGCUACGCCUCCUUGCCGUUCACCAUCACAGCCGCUGGUUACGUUGACUGUUGCCGACAACCCUUCGUUCACUUGGCCUGCCAUCAGUGUAUGCAAUGAAACACUUUUGGUCAUACCUCAAACCCUAACUUCAUCGAGCCAUUCACCAUUCACAAAACCCUUCUGCUUUCGUUCAUCUGUUUAUUCGAACACAGUCAGAACUUGACCGUGUCUCAAAACCCUCAGUUUAUCCAUACCCUCGUGUUGAUGGUGUUGAUUAUGAUUACGUUUGUUGUUUCUCUUGGUCCCUGAAGCACAAGUUUGUGUGUAAGGAAACGAAAUAAAGGCGUGUGGAUGAGAUAUUGAAAAAAGAGCUACAUGGUGCCAUUUGAUUUCAUCAAGAGUAAUGGAGGAAAUGCCGUAGAAUGGAGGCAGAAGAAACCUUAUAAAAUUGUUGCAGAGGUUGUUACUGUCACAGGAGGUUAUAAGCAAGAGCCCUAAAACUCCGAGAAAGAAUGACCUUCCGAUGGUAUUGAAUCCAAUGUUGCUCAAAGAGAUGGGAAUGCCAUUCAGUCCCUCGCCUUAUGUAACUCAGAAGGGUGAAGAGAGGUGAUAUCCGGGCCAUACUGAAAUCAAAACAAGGAAUGGGGAAGAAUCCAGUGUAUCAAAAACGUUGGGCACAGAGGACACGAAUACUACUAUGUCUGGUAAUGAAAGAUGUUCGUGAAAAAUGGCAAGAAGGUACACCAUGGACCAGCUUAUUUGCAAAUAACAGACAACGUAACAGAUGUGGAGAAGUACCUGCCUUUGAGUUAACUGGUAAAGGUGCUAAGAUGAGUAUUGAGGACAUGGAAGAUCAGUUAGGGCAAUAAAACAACUGCUUGAUAGGGUAUUUUGUUGGGAAACACCCAGGUGUUACUGCUCUGAAUAACCAUGUUAGAUCAUGGAAUGUGAAACUUGAAAUUAUUCAUCAUGAGAGCGGGUGGAUAGUCUUCAAGUUCUGUAGUGAGAUUGACGUUAGUCAGGUUCUUCAAAAUGGGCCAUACAUGGUUUAUUGAAGGGCGUUGCUGCUUAAGAAGAUGCCUAGGCUAUUUAGGUUUGGCAAGAAGGAAAUGAGCAUUUUGCCACUUUGGGUGCAAUUACGGAACCUACCUCUUGAAUUCUGGAAUCCUACUGCUCUUGGUAAGAUCUGUUCUGAAAUUGGUGGGCCACAAUAUAUGGACAAGCUUACCACAAACAAGGAAAGGAUAACAUAUGCUAGGAUUAUGGUAGAAGUUGAUGUGGCAAAAGAGGUUCAGAAAUGUGUCACUGUUUGGCUUCCAAAUGGUGAAUCUUUCGAACAAGAAGUGGUUUAUGAGAACUUAGCAAGAUACUGUAAAAGCUGUAGGAUGGUGGGGCAUUCAGAGGGGUUUUGUAAACCAAAGGCAACAAAUACAGCUAAGAAUGCUAAGGAAUGGAGAGCUAAAUCCCAGAACACCUCUGUGAAUACAGUUAUUGUAACGAAUCUAGAACCUUUGAUAGAAUAUCCAAGCACUGAAGAGAAUGAAGUGGGCUUGACAUCUGAAGAUGGUGGAAACCAAGAAGGAGGAAAGGGUGAUGAAAAUUCAAAUGACAGAGGUAGAAAUGAGAUGCUGAACUUUGAAGCACGGAGAGAGGAUUUGGAAGCUGCUGACACUGAAAUAAAUCUGGUGCAUCUGAAUGCUUUACAGAAUACCAAGGAAGUGGAUUUGCAAAUGGAUCAUGCAGAGAAGGAGAUGGUAUGUGCUCUGCCUUGUGCUCCUCUUAAUUUAAAAGACAGAAAAAUUUCAGAUUCUGGUAGGGAUAAAAAUAAAAAUGUUGCUGUAUCUAACACUGAAAAUAAGGGAGGAGGUAAGGGAGAGGUAAGUAACAAGGAUGUGGAAAAGUAUAGCUCAGAAUCCCAAUAUUCAGUGCAGGGGCAGGAAUGAUGGAUUCAUCACAGUAAAGAAAAAGAAUAAAGCAACAGAGGGUAAACAGGGAGCUGAUCCCUACGGCUGCUCAUGAAGAUGGCAUGUUGGAACAUCAGAGGCUUUAAUAAGCCUCUGAAACAUAAUGGAGUUAUGGACUUCAUUCGAAAGAAUAACAUAGAUGUAAUGGGUCUAUUAGAAACUAAACUUACAGUUGAAACCCUUGAAAAUAUGAUGAAGAGGAAACUUUGGAAAUGGGAUCAAAUAAAUUACUUUAGUUAUCAUGAUGCUGGUCGAAUUAUGGUGAUAUGGAAUUCUCAGAAGACACAUCUCCAAGUUAUUGAGAGUAGUGCUCAGACUUGCAGGGGUCAUAUAGAAGCAGAGAAUCAAUUAAGGCAGUGGCUGGUAGAUGACCAUAUAUCAUGUUCGAAAGCCUAUCACUUCUGGAGACAAAAAGGAAGUAAUGUGCCUUGGUAUAAUGUGAUUUGGAAGAAUGGUUGUGCUCCUAAGCACUCCUUCAUUCUUUGGCUAUGUGCAAAGGAAGUACAGCUGAAAUAUGGAAACACUUGAGGAGUUGGUUGGGCCUCACAAGAUCUCCAACAACUCUAAAGGCUGCUCUUAAAUGGUUGCACAAGGAAGCAAGGGGUACGGGUGGUCAGACAGUGGCCAAGAAAGUUUUUUUGGCUGCUACAGUGUAUUAUUUAUGGCACUUUAGGAAUAAGAGGAAAUUUGAAGGGAAAAGCACCCCCCCAGAAGCUAUAAUAAGAGUGAUUAAAAAAUCAUACAUACAGAACCAUGUUUGACAAAUUCCCAAUGUUUGUUAAAAUGUGGGAACCGAGUGGAUUGGGUUAAUUCUUGAAGGUUUGGUGAGGCUUGCAGAUGUUUUAAUGGUGAUGAUGAUGCUGUUUGAUUUUGAAGCUCCCUGGUGCAGCUCUGAAGUUAUAGUGAUGCUUUUGUUGGUGCAGUUUGUCUUAUAGCUUAUCAUUUGAAGAUGUUUUAGAAUUUGUGCUCUGAAUGACAGUUUGGUCUUCUCUGAAUUUCCUGAAGUCAGUUGUGUGUCCUGUUUAUGACUCCCUUGCUGUGCUGUGGUCUGAACUUUGAAGCAGAGUGUCUUAGAAGGGCAGUGUGUUUUCCUGUGUUUCUGAAGAUCCCUGAUACAGUUCUGAAGUUACAGUGAGUGUUUUGAUUCUGUUUGGGGAGUUGUUUUUAUAAAUGCUGCAGCAUCACAUGGUUCAGGUGGCCUUUAUGCUUCUCAUUUGAAGCUGUGAAGUUGCUGUUUUGGUUUUUGAUAAUGGGUUUGAGUGCUUGGAGCUGGUAUGAUUUCUGUUUCUGUUCUGGAGCUGAUUCAUUUUCUGACUCAGUGUUGACUCUUGCAAUGCGGUGGUUUGAGUUUGGAAGGUUUCAUGUUUCUUCAAAGUGUGAAUUGAUGCUUCUUAGUCAGAUUUUGCUGCCAAAGCUGGUCUUCAGUUUUGUUGUUGAUUGCGGUACAAAAUAUUUAAAUUAUAUGUUUGCUGGUUCCUUGAUGGUUUCCCUCUGGUGCUGGGUUUUGAAGCUGGUUCAUUUUAUGAGCUUGAAGUGUUGAUUUUCAGACAUUGUUGUGUUAGGAUUCUGGCUUGCAGUUGAGCUCGAGGCUGAGAGUUUUCAGAUUUUAGUGUUCCGGAGGUGCAGUUGGAGCUGAUAACUGCUGCAGCAUUUGAUGGUGCAGUUUUGUUUCGUUUUUCUCAAUUUGAGCUGCUGCAUCUCAGCUGAUGAGUUAUGAUUCUGGGUCUGGCUUAUAGUUUCUCAUUUGAAGUUAUAAGAUUCUGUUUUGGUUCCCAACGCGGUUUUCUCUCCGGUGGAGGCUUGAGACUCUUUGAAGAUUGGUGCUGGUUUAUGCUUGAGAUUCUCUGAAGUAUGACCUGGUUCUUUUCAUCAUGGGUUUCUAUCCGGUGGAGACUUGAUUUUAUUUUUAAGGUUCACAGCUUUCAGUGCCUUGCUGAGUUAAUUUGUUUUUAAUGUUUUAUUCUGCUUUAUUUAGCUUUGAUGGCUUUAUGCCCUGGGGAUGCCCAGGUUGAUUGUAUUGCAUUUUUGUUGAUUGGGAGAUUAAGUCUCCCUCCUCUCGGGUAUGCCUAGAGUUUCUGUACAUAUCCACUUUGGUCAAAAUAAUUUAUCCAUCACCACA